AUGGCGGCCGUCGAGCCUGCCACUGUAGGCCAGCCAAGGUCUUAUGCUGAUCUUGUUUACGCAGCGCCUCAGCCAUUGCCAGAGAUGGAAGUUGCGCUUAGGCCUCCAAAAGUGGUUGAUGGUGAAAUAUGCUUCAUGUUUUCGGUAGAGGAAAUUGAAAGAACUGCCUUACCAUUCCGAUAUUCUUUGGUCUUAAAAUUCCUUAGACAGAGGCCCUCCCUUGAUGCCAUUAGAGCUUUUAUUCGUCAGAGAUGGGGUUUGUCCUCUUCGCCUGUGGUCUCGGCCAUGCUAAGGGCUCGGAACGUUUUUAUUAGGCUGUCUAAUGAGGGUGACUUCAACAAGGCCUUGUCUAGGGAAUCUUGUGAAAUAGCAGGAGCUCUUUAUCGACCGUUUGCUUGGACGCCGGAGUUCAAUGAAGAUUUCGAAUCUCCUUGUGUGCCGGUAUGGGUUUUCUUACCGGGGCUACCACCAAAUUUCUUCCAUGCUUCGGUUCUUAGAUCUUUGACGGCGCCGAUUGGAAGGUUUAUCCGUCGUGAUAAUACUACCAUUUGUGCAACAAGAACAGACGGAGCCCGGGUUUGUCUUGAGGUUGAUGCUUCCAAAGAUACAUUAUCCCACUUCUGGAUUGGUAAACCCGGAUUGCCUAGGAGCAGACGCCAAGAGUUGGUAUACGAGACACUACCGGCAUAUUGCAACAAUUGUAAACAGCAGGGGCACAAUCUACAUACCUGCAGAUUUGGUCUCGAAAUGCAGAAAAAAAAGGGAAAGGGAUGA